UAACCGGACCUCUCUAGUAACUCUUACGGUAAAUAAAUGAAUUACUAAUACUCAUUGAUUUUGGAAAUAUAAUACUAAAUUGAUUUGGAAAUCCAAACAAAUAUAUUAUCUAGCUUCUUUUCAUCAUUAUCUACAACACAGAAGCCACAAGACAGAACAGCAGUUAAAAACUCAAAAGCAGACGUGAAGAUACAUAUCAUCAUCAAGUUCGUUCGUGUUGUGAAUUUCUAGGUUUCGUUUCUUUUGAUUUGUUUUUUUUUAAUGGGUGACUUGAUGGAGAAGGCAAGGAGCAGUCUAGCGCUUGUUGAUCUAAGCAAACACAACUUUCACCGAACCCUAGAUUCUCUCCAGGAAAGCGCUCAUUCUCUUCUUCUCCUUUCCGUUCAAUGGAAAGAGAUCGAAGGGCACUUCGAUUCCACGAAAGGCCUUCUCGAAGAUCGAGCCAAAGAGCUACAAGCACGCGAGGAAUCACUCAAUGGCCGAGCCAUGGAACUUGAGGACAAGGAGAAGGAGCUUUCUUCGGUUCAUGACUCGUUCAAAGCCAAAGUGGAUGAGUUUGAGAAGAUGGAGGUGAGGUUUCACUCGGAGUGCAAGGAAGCUUUGGAGACAAGGAAGGCAGAGUUUGAAGGGUUUACAAAGAGAAUCGAGUCCAUGGAGAAGGAACUAGAGCAGCAGAGAGAUCUCAGACAUGAGUUUGAGCCACUUGUUUCAAUGUUGGGUAAAGACAAAGGCUGCUCAAGUGUUGCAACGUCUGUGGAUGAUUUGGUUAAGAGAAAUCAAGCCUUGGCGAGAAUGAUUCCGUGUUUGGACCCGGCAAAGCUUGUUUUGGAUGCUAUACAAGCGUCUCUUAAAGAUUUUAAUGAUAGUGUUGUUCUUAAAAGUUGCACCGUUUUGUUGGAGAAACUGAUGGAGAUGAAUCUACCUAUCACAUGGGAGGUGAACCAAGAAGCGACUCAAAUUGGUAUUAACUGGAUAAGUAUGGCAAAAGCUAACACAAACAAUGACUCUUUGGUGUUAUGUUGCUUGUUGUUUCUGGCUGCUUAUGGUUUGGCCUCUGUGACUACUCGUGAAGUGCUGUUAACCCUUUUAGAGCGGUUCCUUCUGUAUGAUCAAGCGCCGAGACUGUUUCGGCUUCUGGAGUUAGAACAUAGUGUUUAUGGUGUGGUUGAAACUCUAAAGAACAAGGAAGAGUACUUAGCAGUACUGAGAUUCAUAUGUGAGUUCAGGUUAUACAAGCUUUGUCCAAGAGGGAGACCAGGAGCCCUUUUGCAUGCGUACUUGAUUUCAUCAGAAAGAGCUGCUAGAGUUCCUUUUGGAACUGUAAACUUAAUGGAGGCGCAGAAAGCGAGGAAGGAGAAGAUAAAAGCUGAUGCAACCAUGGCACUUGAGUGCAUCCAAGAGAGGAAAGCUGAGCAUAUGUUCCCUCCUAAGAUUCUUAAUAAGCUGAGUCUACUAAAGAACGGUGAAUCAGCAGCCAAGAGAGCAAUGGAACCAGUUCAUAAAAGUUCUGAGAAUCAGGACACAACCAAACGACAAAGAUUAACCGAACCAACCACUCCUACACAGAACUCAACAGGUAUGUUAACACAUGUGUAUGUUUCUUCAGGUGAGAAGAUUGAUGAAUCAGGAGUUAAUCAUCAGCCAGAUGGCAAAGAAACACAUCCACCAAGCACUGAAGCUAAGCCAAACAAUCUCUGUGGCUCCAUCAACGCAGACAUGUUAAGGGAGGUACUAGAAAAGAAACCUCUAGAGAGUGAUCUCUCCAAUGCUUUCAGAUGCACAUCAAAUCCAGCAAAGCUAGUUCUAGACACAUCCAUGUCUCUAUGUCCUACAAACCUUGAAGGGAGCAGCUACCAAUUCAAGCUGCUGAUUACUUCAGAUAGCUGCAACUUAUUGUUGGACCAGCUGAAGAAGCUCCCUGUUCAAAUAGGACAUCCAGUAAAAGGGGAUGCAAAGAAACUUGCUGUUUACUGGAGAGAAAUGAUUACAAAGAGUAAGAGUGAUGAGUUAGAAGUAGUUUGUUUCCUAAAGUUUCUAGGUAUCUAUGGGAUAGUGUCAGAGUUCAAGACCACUGACCUUCUAAAUCUACUGGACAACUCUUAUUGGCACACUGCAUGUCCUGAUCUUUGCCAGUUUCUUGGUUUAGACAAUGCCAUUACAGGUUUCAUUCAAGACCUCAUAAAGACUGGGCAUCGCCUCAAGGCAGUUAACUACAUAUACUCCUUUGGUAUGUUACAUAAGUUCCAUCCUGUUUCUGCUAUUAUAAACGAUUCAUUGAGGAUUACAAAGGAGUCUGCAGAGAAGGCGUUUAGAGACGCAGAGAAUGAACCUGCAUCACAGGUUGCUGCAAUAGACAGGCAGAUCAGGUCCCUAAGAGCCGGCAUUAAAUGCAUAACGUGUCACAAACUUGAGUCAGAGUUCCAGCUCGACGACCUGGAGGAGAGGAUCAAGUCGCUUUUGAAGCUUAGAAGAAACGUGUCUGAUACGGCAGAACCACCAAGUUUAGGAGAGGUUGGUUCUGUCAGCAGCAACAACACACGUUUGGAACAUUCAACGACGGCGGCUGUUUCCUCCUCUGCUAGCAAACCGGGUUCGAGAGGACAAAAGCGAAGUCAGAGCUCAGUACAUGUUGCUUCUCACACAAGCAAUCACUUUCCUGAACAUGGCUCUUCCCUGAAUCAAAGACUGACUUGGCCGGUGGAUCAUUACGGCAGAGGUUUCAACUCUGACUACAAUCAUAACCAGUGGACACAACCGGAGGGACCCCCUCAGUAUCAGUAUCACCAAUAUUAUCAACAGUAUGAUCCUUAUCACAGGAAUCAUUUCUAAGUGUAUUAUAGCUUUGUGGGUGCUUUCUUUUUGUUGUUUGCAGCAGAUUUUUCUUAUCAGACAUUUUAUGUACUAAUCACUGCAUCAGAUUUUUUCUAAUCAGACAUUUUAUGUUGUAAUCAUUGCUUCAGAUCUUUCUAGUUGACAUGGUAAUGUAACAUUGAUGUUGCGUAGAUACCAAAUGGUCAUAAAGUAACAUUCUGAUGUUCAAGUCAGUAAGCUCAUGCUAGAUCAGUGAAUCAAUGGUUAGAAACUCCAAGACGUUCAUAGAUUAAUCUGUGAUCUGAGAACAUCUGCAUACUAAUCACUCAAUAUUCUCACAUUACUAAUUACUCAAUAGUCUCACAAAAAAAAAAGAGUCAAAAAUAUGGAAGAAAAAGAGAGUUGGAAAACUUCACAAUUUUUUUUUCAAAUGAUAGGCUCCUUAUCAUUUAUUUGUUAUAACUGAUUUACACCACUGCAUUUUAGUUUCAUAAUUAAAUUAUUUUAAAAUAUUAAAACUCAAUUGAAAAAAUCACCAAUAAUAAUACUUUUAUGAAAUAUUGUUAGCAUUACUUAUUUUAAGAGUAACAUGUACUAAUUUUUCACAUCUUAAACUCACAGAUCACUGCAAGCAAAUUUUUUUGCUCUUAGUGUAAGUUCUCAUCCAAUUUUUUUGCUCUUAGAUUUUUCAUACAUAUUAAUAAAACAUAUUAAAUAUUAACUAUUAAUGUAUUGUUAUUGUAAUAUUUUUCAUAAUUUUAACCAAUAAAAUUUUAAUAAACAUAAUAUUUUUUGAAGUUUACAGUUUACUAUUAAAUAAAGCAUUGCAAAUAUAAAAAAUGUAUUAUUUUGAAACAUUUUUUUAAAACAUGGAUCUUUUCGGAAUGGAUGGAGUAUAAAAGAUCUUACACCCAAAGAAAAAAAACAAAGUAAAUUUAGGAGUAAAAAGGUAAAAAUUGAUUUAUUUCCAUCUAAGAAAAUGAAAAAAAGAGAGAGAGAGCGACGACCUUUAAAACUUCUCCAUCUCAAGUUCCCUCUCUCUCUCUCUCUCUGGUUAUCUCGAUUUGUCCUCUUCACUGGAAAUUUAGGUUCUUUUAAUCUUCUCCGGAGCAAUCCGCCUUUCGAGUUUCAAGCCUUUAGGUCCAGAGGCUUGUUUAGCUUAUGAAGGAUGAAAAAUUCUCAGUUCUUGUCUCUUAUCUGAAUGCUAUAAAGUUCCCUUGAGUUUGAUCUGGUCUCUGAGAUAUUUAGCUUAUAAUGGACUGUAACAAGGAAGAGGCCUCCAGGGCAAAGGCCUUGGCAGAGAAUAUGAUGCUGAGAGGUGACUUCCCCAAGGCUCAGAAGCUUGUGAUGAAGGCUCAGAGGCUCUUCUCAGGUCUUGACAGCUUGCCCCAAAUGUUAGCCGUGUGUGAUGUACAUUGCUCCGCCGACCAGAAAAUCAACGGUCUUGAGAACUGGUACGGUAUUCUUCAAGUUAAGCAUUUUUCCGACGAUGCUGCGAUCAAGAAGCAGUACAGGAAGCUCGCCUUGCUUCUCCAUCCUGACAAAAACAAGUUUGCUGGCGCUGAGGCUGCUUUCAAGCUGGUUGGGGAAGCUAACAGGUUGCUUGCUGACAAGGAGAAACGGAGUCAGUAUGAUAUCAAGCGCAGGAUCAAUUCACAGGUUGCUAGCAGACAGUGGAAUGCAAACUCUGGAGCUGCAAAGAGUGGUGGUGACAGUACAGUUAAGAAGGAAACGUUUUGGACGUGUUGUGAUUGUGGCUAUAAGUAUAAUUACUUGGGACAGUAUGUGAACUCCAAAAUGUAUUGUUCCCGUUGUCAAAGGUCAUUCAUGGCCUACGACGUUGGGUUUAAUGGAGUGCCGCCUAAACCCAGCACUAGUCAGAAAGAAGUUCAACAUCAGGGACCUUGUGGCACUCCUGUGAGUAGAAACGUGGAGUCUACUUGUGUUCAACCAGGAAGUGUAGCAGCUGAAGUUGAUAAGAAAGAAUCUGCCAAAGAGAAAUUCAACGAGAAGAGUGGAGGAGGUGAGAAAAAUGCUGAAGUAAGAAAACCCAAAAUGGAGGAUGGAUCGAUGAAGAAUGAUAAACCCAAGGAAGGUGAGGAGAAGGUGGACAAUGUAGCUGAUCUACCCAAAGCUGAUGGUUUGAAGCCACAACCUGAGGUUACAGAACCAGAAAAGGUUGCAUCAAGAUCUGUCCCUGAUGAAUCAGUUUCAAGGACUAGUCAGGCAGCCUCAGUGAACAAGGGCAAAAGAAAGAGGAGAGAGAUUGGUGAGGAGACGACUGAGGUUAGAACAGAUUCAAAGGAUAAUAGUAGGAGGACAUCU